AUGUUGUUUGUUGAGUCGGAUAGUGAGUCGGUGAACAACACCGAUAUUUGUCAGGUUGAGGAUUCGUUUACGGCGUCGACCACGCAGAUUGCACAUUUGUCGGAUAUUUUCCAGAGUUUGGUCAGUAUUAAUAACCAGGCGAUAAUCAGGAUCAAGGAGACGGGGAUCGCGAUCUACUCGAGUUAUAAUCAUACGUUUAAUGUGAAUGUGAAUAUCGACCCGCUGUUGUUCAGUAUUUAUAGUAUUACUGGCGAGGAGUUUACGUUGGGGGUUGAUUUGAGUUUGAUUGGCGAGUGUUUUACGUCUGUGGCCAGUACGUUGAAGUUUGAAAAGUCGGUUACAUGUUACCUCAACUACCAGGGUGAAGGAUCCCCCCUAGUUAUUGAGUUUGAGGAUACGUAUAUUUUGGAGAAGCUCGAGUUUUACACGUAUAUUAUUGAGCUGGGGAUGGAGGAUGAUAAUUUGGGGAUCGACUAUGAGAGGGUGGAGAUGGAGGCGAUGGUCAGGAGUGAUGUGCUUACGAAUAUUUUACUGGAUUUGUGGCAGAUUGAUACCGAGAACUUGUUUAUAUACGCCGAGGCAGACACGUUGACUUUUAUCAGUAAUGGGCCUAUUGGCACGUCGAAACUUAUAUUCCCCAACGACAAGGAUGUGCUUGAGAAGUUGGAAAUUAGUGGCGACAAGAGGUACGUGGUGUCGCAGUUUAGUUAUGAGACGUUCUAUCGAAUAUUCAGGGCGGUGAGACUAAGCUCCAAGUGCAAGCUUAUCAAAGACGCGCAUGGGUGUUUUUCUAUCCAGUUGUUGUGCAAGAAACUACCGUUGAGUGGGUACUCGGGGACACUAGUCACCAUCAACAUGAUGGAGCUCAACCACGACGAGUUUAUGAUUGGGUGGAUAGAGGAGCAAGAGAAGCCGGUGUUGUUUACGUCGUUCAAGAAGGUAGAGGUACAGUCGAGCGUAGUUGACAAGCGCAAUGUAAGCGGGGCAGUUGAGGUGCCGUUAUUUUUAUAA